AUGAGCGACUCGGUUGAUGAUUGCCAUAAAGACGCCUUAGGACGUCUGGAGGCCGCUAUACCUCAAUUUGAAGAGGCAAUGAAGAUGGCUAAAGCCCCAUCUAUCUCAGUUGGUGUUCUAUAUGACGGUGAAAUAAUAUUUACGAAAAGUAUUGGCUUGCGUGACAUUGGAAGGAAACUUGAAGCAAAUAGCAAUACAUCGUAUCUUCUUGCUUCGUGUUCAAAGAUGUUUACCUCGUCGGCAUUGAACAUACUGCAAUCAGAGGACAAGCUGUCGCUGACUGAUACUAUUCAAAAACAUCUGCCUAAUUUCGACCCUGUCGAAGACCCUGAAAUUGGAAAAAACGCUGCAUUGAUUGAUGCAGGUCGGCAUUCCACCGGUCUUGCGAAUCCGAAUGUUAUUUACAUGGGACCGGACGGAAUCCUCUCGAACACUGCAGAGAACCAUGUUUCUAUGGUCAAUGCCCUGCCAACGUCAAACGAUCUUGGUCAGCGCUUCCAAAGCUGGUGGUACUAUAGUAAUGCUACUUUUGGGCUCCUGGCCAAGGUUAUUGAAGCAGUAUCUGAAAUUCCCUUCGCAAAUUUUCUGAAAGAGAGAAUUCUGGAGCCCCUGGGAUUACGCCAAACAUUGCUUUUUGAGUAUGAUGUUGAAAACAAUAGCAAUAUCGCAUAUCCAUACGCCAUACAAAGCGAUGGAUCUUGGGUUAGAAUCGAGACUCAGGUUACGUCUGAAAACCAUAGUCCCGUCUUGGGCAGCCAAGGGAUACGCAGCUCUGUUAAUGAUAUGCUUGGCUUCUUCGCGGCAGUCAUAAAUAGGCACGACGAGCUAAAAGACAAGAGCCUAAGAACUCCUCUUUUGCCAGAAGCAGCCUUUAAUCCUCUAGGUCAUAUCACCGAUCUAUGGAAUCAUUACUGGACAAGACCAAUUGACGACGGCUUUCCAAACGGAAGGGCCUAUACGCUAGGAUGGUCUCGGUCCACUCUUUCAACUGCCGGGCUAGGCUUAAACUCCACAAACUGCUAUACCAUCUCAAAAGAUCCAGACUCACAGACCACUCUGGGACGUGAUUCCGAGCCGUGUACUGCUUACGGUCAUAAUGGGAAUGCGAAUGGCUCAACGGCAUCGGCCUAUGUUUUCCCGGAUUCGCAUGCCGCAGUUGUAGCUUUCAGCAAUGUGUCAUAUGAGUGCGAUGCGGCCGAGGCGGCGACAAGAAUAUUAGUUCAAGCACUUUUUGACCUGAAACCACAUGUCGAUUGUAUCUCUGCUCUGCGUGAAGCAAGGGACCGUGGGUUUGAAGAGCGAGAGAAGACUGUGAAAGAAUGGGAGGAACAUCGUGAUGUGUCCAAAUACACGAGUACUCCGGAUGACUUUCUUGAGUCCUACGUUGGGUUGAAUACUACGUCUCGCAUUUCUAUCAUAAGGAGCGACACGGCAUCUGCUAAGGUCGCAGUAAAGUUCGGGAAUAAUGAGACUGGAAUCUUCGAAUUGGAACCUUACAACGCUGAUGCACUAAGCUUCUUACCCUCCAAUACUGAUAUUUGGUUGGCUCGAGGAAUGAUUGAUUGGGAUUAUUACGCCGUUGGUGUUUAUGAAUUUGUAAGGGACGAAAAUGGCGAGGUUGUUGCUCUGUGGUGGCAGUGGGAGGAGACUGACUGGCCGGGUCUUUGGGUGAGACAAAAAGAGGGCAUGUCCGAAAAGGAUGUGCAGGGAGUCAUUGGAAAAUUCGGAAGGUUCCGCAAGCCAAAGACGAUCGGUGAGACUGAUGCAGCGGAUGCCCCGACUGCCGACCUAGAUAAUUUGUCAAUAUCCGAAACUAAGUAG